CAUCAUGGAAUCUUAAAACAUCAGCAACAGGAGGUACCAAGUCGAAAAAAGGUUUAGUAAAACAAAAGAAAACAUCGACUCCUAAGCGUUUACAUCUGUUGACUAAUGAUGAUGAUGAUAAUUUACAUGAUGAUCAUUUAAAUUUACAACAAAUAUUCGAUUACGUAAAACAAAUCAAUUCCAAUGUAUUGAAAUUACAAAAACAUCAACAACAAUCAACAAUAAAUUUAGAUCGUCAAGAAAAAUUUUUAAAUACAUUAUGUAAUAAUCAAAAAAAACUUGCUAAAAGUUUGGCCAAACAUAGGAUACCAAUUACUCUCGAGAAUGACAAUAGAAGUGUUGAAACUGAUGGUGAACAAUCUGGCAAUCAGGAUCUAACAUUUGUCAGAAGUGAUGGUUCUGUAGUAGAACUAUUGUCUGUACCAGGCAAUAAACAAAAUACAACCAAAUACGCUUUGAAAUUAAUAGAUAUUUUGUUUACAGACAAACAAGAUUUUCAGAAUAUCAAUGUGAAGAAAGCUGAUGAAGACCCACGUAUAAAAUCUAUUUAUACCGCUGUGAAACGAAAAUUCAAUUAUUCUACUGAUGAAAUGUCUUUUGUUUGGCCUCCAAUACACGAUUCUAUUUUAAGUAAACGUCGCAAUCAACAAAAAAGGUUAAAAACAUCUACAAACGCAAGUAAUGUAUCAUCAUUUCUUAUAUAUACUUCACCACUUUAA